GUGUCAAUCACAGCCCGGUUGCCUCGCCGACGUCUGUUCCAUUUCAGCGACGGGAGCAGCCCAAAGCGUUUAAGCUGCUGUUUGUUGUUGUUGUUAUUGUUUUUUCACCGAUGGAAAUUUAAAGCAACAACAAAAAAAUCUUCUAGUGUUGUUGAUUGUACGCAGGACAACGCGAGAUCUCCGUGGGGCCUGGUUUACAGACGAGCCAAUCGUAGAUGUUCUUACUCCAUCUUUAAUUGAAUGGAAUGCAAAUACUCGGCUGUGGUGCCCCAGUGCUCGCCGCGAAUCUAGAUAAUGGGCUGUGUACAAUGUAAGGACAAAGAAGCAACCAAACUGACAGAUGAGAGAGAGACGAGUGUUUCCCAGCAUGCUGGGUACCGCUAUGGGGCCAACCCGACACCCCAACACUACCCCAGCUUUGGGGUCACCGCCAUCCCUAACUACAACAACUUCCACGCGCCGGUCAGUCAGGGGACCGUGGCGGUAUUCGGAGGAGUGAACAGCUCGUCACACUCGGGAACGCUGCGCUCACGUGGUGGAACAGGAGUUACACUCUUUGUAGCACUUUAUGAUUACGAGGCAAGGACGGAGGAUGAUCUCAGUUUUAGGAAAGGAGAGAAAUUCCAAAUUCUCAACAGCACGGAAGGAGACUGGUGGGAGGCUCGCUCCCUCACUACAGGUGGAACAGGAUACAUACCCAGCAAUUACGUGGCUCCAGUAGAUUCAAUCCAGGCCGAAGACUGGUACUUUGGAAAACUCGGCCGGAAGGACGCAGAGAGGCAGCUGCUGUCUAACGGAAACCCUCGGGGGACUUUUCUCAUCAGGGAAAGUGAAACCACUAAAGGAGCAUAUUCCUUAUCCAUACAAGACUGGGAUGAUGUUAAAGGUGAUCACGUGAAACACUAUAAGAUCCGUAAACUUGACAACGGGGGCUACUACAUCACAACCCGUGCUCAGUUUGAGACUCUGCAGCAACUUGUUCACCAUUAUUCUGCGAGGGCUGCGGGGUUGUGCUGUCGAUUGAUAGUCCCCUGCCACAAAGGCAUGCCUCGGCUUGCCGAUCUGUCCGUCAAAACCAAAGACGUGUGGGAAAUCCCUCGAGAGUCACUUCAGCUCAUCAAGCGCUUGGGGAACGGCCAGUUCGGAGAGGUCUGGAUGGGUACAUGGAAUGGCACAACGAAAGUGGCUGUGAAGACCUUGAAACCAGGCACCAUGUCCCCUGAGUCUUUCCUGGAGGAAGCUCAGAUAAUGAAGAAACUGAGACAUGACAAGCUAGUGCAGCUAUACGCUGUCGUCUCUGAAGAGCCUAUUUACAUCGUCACAGAGUACAUGGGCAAAGGGAGCUUGCUGGACUUUUUGAAGGACGGUGAAGGACGGAGCCUUAAAUUGCCAAACCUCGUAGACAUGGCAGCUCAGGUGGCUGCAGGCAUGGCUUACAUCGAGAGAAUGAACUACAUCCACAGAGAUCUGAGAUCAGCCAACAUCCUCGUGGGUGACAGUUUAGUAUGCAAGAUCGCGGACUUUGGCCUUGCCAGACUGAUAGAGGAUAAUGAAUACACAGCUAGACAAGGUGCCAAGUUCCCGAUUAAAUGGACGGCCCCCGAAGCCGCGCUUUACGGACGGUUUACCAUUAAAUCUGACGUGUGGUCAUUUGGAAUACUGCUGACAGAGUUGGUGACCAAAGGACGUGUGCCAUAUCCAGGGAUGAAUAAUCGGGAGGUGUUAGAGCAAGUGGAGCGUGGAUACAGGAUGCCGUGCCCUCAGGACUGCCCCAUCUCUCUGCAUGAGCUCAUGCUGCAGUGCUGGAAGCGAGACCCCGAGGAGAGACCAACGUUCGAGUACCUGCAGGCGUUUUUGGAGGACUACUUCACUGCCACAGAGCCCCAGUACCAACCGGGAGACAACCUCUAAGAUGAAACAAACAAGAGCUCAAAAGCUAAAGCGAGUGGAUUUGUGCUUUAAUCUUGCAGAUUAGAACACAAGUCCAGUCACUUUGACUUCUAAAUACUAUUAGAAAAAUAAAUGCUUAAAAAAAAAUCAAAAAAAAAAAAAAAAUCACCUGGACGACUGAAAAACCCCCGUAGAACUCGAGAGCCAGGGGAAAACGCAUCGCUACGAUACGACACAAACUGACCCGAACAAGAUCCGAUGCACGUAUGACGAUUAAAGCUUCCAGAAUUCUUUGCCAUUUCAAUCCAGUAUUCGACUCGUUACUCAUCUUCCAUUAAAAGGACGUUGCCACAUUAAAUGUGUUCUUUAAAGCCGAACCAUAUUUUUUGGGGACGUCAUGCGAGUGUUUAAAAAAAAAAAAAAGAACGAAGGAUAACGGAUGGCCUGUUUGUAUGUAGUGUAAAUAUGAUGUGGUUACUUACCCCCGUUUUAGGCUUUAUUACUUUUUAUAAUGCUUUUUAUUUGAUUUGGUUUCAAUUUUUGAUUGUCAUUGCUCAGAGAAAAGGCAUGAACGUCGAGGCUCAAACAGAACGACAAACUCCGGCCUCUUUACAAAAAAAAAAGAAAGGAAAAAAAAACAACCAGGACUCUUUUCAUUAUUUAUUCCAGUAAUGACAUUCCCUCUGUUUAUUAUUAUUAUUAUUAUUAUUAUUAUUAUUAUUAUUAUUAUUUUGAGAGAUCAUGUCGCACUAGCUAGCUUUCCUGACACUAAACAUUGUGACUUUUUCACAAGGAAACAAGGUUGUGCGCGCACAGGCGACUCUACUUAGCUUUUUUUUUUUUUUUUUUAGCUCCCAUUUUUAGCAAAAGCUCAGUGUCUCCAUAUUUAAUUUUUAAUUUUUUUCUUGCUAGUGCAUUUUCUAUUUAGUCACUUUGGAUUAACGAUAGAAGAAUUAUGCAUCGAUAUAGUAAUCAGGCUGUGUGGGCAUUAAUGCUUGACUAUACAGUACCUGCAUCUCUCUCUAGCAAAGAUGAUCAAAUAAAAUUAAUGGCUAACAUCACUGUUUGUAAGAGGCUUAAAAUCAAAGCGUUUAAAUGCAUUUUAAUGUGCUAUAAUUUUAACAUAACUAAAUAGGUGGGGAUAUUUAUAUUAAUAAAUCACUGAGCUUGACUAGCUUCUUUCUGGCCCCGAGUUCUGUCCUUGAUAUCAAACGAUAUUAAAACGUCACGUCUGGAAAGCAUUUAACCUCAAUCGGUACGUUAAAACGUCACAGCCCUCGUCUUUCAGGCAGACUUAGCAGGGCCAUUUUCACCUCGUCUCCAUUCCAGCUUUCACUUGAAUAUCUUGUGAAGGUUUUUCUAUAGAAUAGUGCGCGCUAUAGUAAGCCGUAUGAAACACGGGCAACGACCUCAUGAUUUUUACCCGUUUUUUUUUUUGUUUGUUUGUUUUAAGGCAUCCAUUUGGAUUAAUUCAUAGAUAUUGUGUUUUUAUUUAAUUGUUCUCUUUAGUUUGUUUCAUUUAUGCACAAACAUUUGUAGAAUAAAGACUCGUACCCAAGCCCAUUUAGUUUUUUUCGAUUUUUAUUUCCCUUCUUAUUAAGUUGUAAUUAAGUUGUAAUCUUAUAUGUCUGACUUUCUUAUACCACUUGGAUUCUCGAAUCUGAUUGGUUGUUGAUUAAACAUCGUUGUUAAUGAUGGUGAAGUUUGCUGUAAGGACAAUGUAACGUUUAUAGAAGGGAGUCAACGGUAUCAGGAAGUUUUC